UAUGAACAGCAGACAGCAGGGCGCCUGGAAACAGGUUUGAACAGCUCAUAGAAACUCUUGACAAGACACAGCGCGACUCUUCAAUCGCCUCUCAGACGCUCGUGUGGUUUUCUUCACGCGUUUCGCGAUCCGGGUCCUGCGCGCCGCUGCACUUUCCCAAAAGUUUCCGUGCACUGAUUUGAAAGGAUAAAUCGACGAAGGGAGUUGGAGGGGAAGAAUAGCGCUGGCUGGCGAGCUGGCUGUGAGGAGACAGACCGCAGGAGGAAAUUAUGGCCGCGCGCGGUGCGUCUGCGCUCUUCCUGCUCGCCUUCGGAAUACUGGAAGCGAGCGCGCAGUACGGCAUGUCGAUACCCGAGCACGGCUUCUGCCAGCCCAUCACCAUCCCUCUGUGCACGGACAUCGCGUACAACGAGACCAUAAUGCCCAACCUCCUCGGCCACACGAACCAGGAGGACGCGGGGCUGGAGGUGCACCAGUUCUACCCGCUCGUUAAAGUGCAGUGCUCGCCGGAUCUCAAGUUCUUCCUGUGCUCCAUGUACGCGCCGGUGUGCACGGUGCUGGAGCAGGCGCUGCCCCCGUGCCGUUCGCUGUGCGAGCGCGCGCGCCAAGGCUGCGAGGCGCUCAUGAAUAAAUUCGGCUUCCAGUGGCCGGAGAGUCUCGCGUGCGAGUCGUUCCCGGUUCACGGCGGAGAGCUGUGCGUGGGGCAGAACACGUCUGAGCGGAGCGCACCGGUCAACCCGACUCCAGAUGUGACCCAAGCGACACCCGAGCAUACCAGGAAAGGCCGUUUUAGAUGCCCGGCUUCGCUGAGAGUCCCUCCGUAUCUAAACUACCGCUUUAUGGGCGAGGAAAACUGCGGCGCACCGUGCGAACCCAAAAAACUCAACGGGGUGAUGUACUUCAGCGAGGACGAGCAGAAGUUUGCGCGCAUUUGGAUCGGGAUCUGGUCGGUUUUGUGCUGCGCUUCUACUUUAUUCACCGUCCUGACUUAUUUAGUGGACAUGAAGCGCUUUAGUUACCCGGAAAGACCCAUUAUAUUCCUUUCCGGGUGUUAUACGAUGGUGUCCAUCGCACACAUCGCCGGAUUUCUGCUGGAGGACAAAGUGGUUUGCAAUGAGCAGUUCGAUAAUGAGUUUAGGACAGUGGUGCAAGGCACCAAAAAGGAAGGUUGCACGAUUCUGUUCAUGAUGUUGUACUUCUUCAGCAUGGCCAGCUCUAUCUGGUGGGUCAUUCUCGCGCUCACUUGGUUCCUCGCUGCUGGGAUGAAAUGGGGUCACGAGGCUAUUGAAGCGAAUUCGCCGUAUUUCCAUUUAGCAGCGUGGGCAGUGCCAGCCAUCAAGACCAUCACCAUCCUCGCCGUGGGUCAAGUGGAUGGAGAUCUGCUCAGUGGCGUCUGCUUCGUGGGCAUCAACAGCGUGGACGCGCUGCGCGGGUUCGUCCUGGCGCCGCUCUUCGUCUAUCUGUUCAUCGGUACUUCGUUCCUCCUGGCGGGCUUCGUGUCUCUGUUCCGCAUCAGGACCAUUAUGAAGCACGACGGCACCAAAACAGAGAAGCUGGAGAAGCUGAUGGUGCGCAUUGGCAUCUUCAGCGUCCUCUACACGGUUCCGGCCACCAUCGUGAUCGCGUGCUACUUCUACGAACAGGCCUUUCGGGAUCAGUGGGAACAGACGUGGAGCGCGCAAUCGUGCAAGACGUACGCGGUGCCGUGCCCCGUGCACAACCCGCAGAUGAACCCGGAUUUCACGGUGUUCAUGAUCAAGUACCUGAUGACCCUGAUCGUGGGCAUCACGUCUGGAUUCUGGAUAUGGUCUGGAAAGACGCUUAACUCGUGGAGGAAGUUCUACACGAGACUGGCGAACACCAAACAAGGAGAAACAACAGUGUGAUUGAACUGCUUUUUUAUUAUACACUUUUCCCGAUGGAGAAAUCAACAGUUUAAAGGACGCCCUUCGCGUUGUACAUAAACAAUGUGACUUUUUUUCGUCUUGGAGAUUAUUUAUGCCUUUUCUCUUGGAUUAUUCUGGGUGGGGAUCUGGUUUUUUAUGCCUCUAUGUAAAACUGUGUCUUUUUAUCGACAUCAGUAUUUCCACGGGCAAAUAUUCAAAAUUUGUUCAUGCAAAUAAUGCAGAAAUAACAAUAAUAAUGUGUGUGAAUUGUGCACCCAGCACUUAAGACUGCAUAUCACGGAUAGGAUUGAGCUUUAAAUUAAAGCUUUGGGAGUGAGAUCAGAUGAACUAUAGGACGAGACUAGGAGCUAGAAGAACAUAUGUGCUUAACCCAGCCUAAACCGGUUUGCUGGUCUCCUGGCCUGUCCUGGGCUUGGACAUCAACAAUCUCAGGCUGUUUUAAGAUGUCUUUUAAGAUGUAAAGUUAAGUGCCUUUUUCAGUUCUGAGCAGCAUUGGGGUCAGGCCUGCAGUUGUGUUUAACUCAAAGAAAUGUAUACAUGUUUUUCUUCAGUCUGUAAUGAACUUUGGUGAUGUUUCUGAAGGGUUUGUGUUCUCCCUGGGCUCUUUUGCACAGAAGUACCUCUAAACAUACAGCUAGAACAGGAUGGACGGUGUUUGCAAUGCACUUCUCAAAUAGUGUAAUGUCUGUGUUUUUAUCGCAACAAAUCCAUGAUUUGAAAAUGGGGAUGUAGAUUUAUGUGUAGAUGUAAACCGAUAUAUCGGCCGAUAUUUGGCCCUUUUGAGAUGAUCAGCAGCGAUAAUUACAUCUGCUUGUCCUGUGUAUCAUUUCCAAAAUCUACCAGCAGGCCUCAUGAUUAAUAAUGUGAUUGGAUUUUCAAAUAAUUUUAUUGAUUUUUAAAAGUGCUGUCAAACAAUUAAUUGUGAUUUAUCACAUCCUAAAAAAGUUUUUGCUUACAUAAUAUAUAUGUGUGCACUCUGUAUAAUAUGUAUGUAUGUAUGUGUGUAUAUAUAUAUAUAUAUAUACACACACACACAGUAUACAUUUUGAAAAUAUUUACAUGUAUAUAUUCAUACAAUUUAUAUUAUAUAUAAGUAUAGUUAAUAUAUAUACAAAACUUAUUUUCUUAAAUAUAUGCAUGCAUGUGUGUGUACUUAUAUAUACAUUAUAAAUAUACACCAUACACACACAUAUAUAAUGUAAACAAAAUCCUUUAUUUUGGAUGCGAUUAAUCGCAAGAAGUCAUUUGACAGUACUAAUUUUUAAGUAAUAUCGGUCUGUGCUAGGGUUAUCGGUAUCACCAUAAGUUAUUAAAAACCCCAAAUCACUCAAAUAGUUUAAUGCCUGUGUUGGUAUAUAAACUAAUCCAUGAACGUGAUGUGAAAAUUAAAAUGGAGACUUUCUGAUGCGUAUGUGUAGUGGUAAACCGAUAUAUCGGCCGAUAUUUUGCCCUUUUGAAAUGGUCAGCAGCGUUAAUCAUGUCAGCUUGUCCUGUGUAUCAUUUCCAAAAUCUACCAGCAGGUCUGUUAAUCUAUAAUGCAAUUUGUUUUCAGACAUUUUAACUGAUUUUUAAGGUUGUAUCGGUUGUGUAUCGGUCUGCAGUGUGGUUAUUGGUAUCAACAUCAGCUAAUAAACCCCCACAUCGCUCAAGCACUA